ACCUUUUUCAUACCAAAACCACUGUUGUACACGUUAUUGUUAUUAAAACUUAAUCGGCGAGUUGUCUCCCCCGUGCUGAAAUAAUGGUUCAGUCAGUAAUGGAUGCCCCAUCAUCGGAGAUAUAGGUUCCUGUUCUUGAGAAGAUGAGUGAAUUGAAGGACUGUCCCCCUCUGAAGUAUUAUGACUUCAAACCUGUGGACCAUGUGAAAGUGUGUCCACGCUACACCGCAGUACUCAGCCGCUCAGAAGACGAUGGCAUUGGCAUUGAAGAGCUGGACACACUCCAGCUGGAGCUGGAAACACUCCUGUCCUCUGCGAGUCGUCGUCUCAGGGCGCUGGAAGAACAGAGACAGAUCCUUACAGACUGGCAGGACAAAAAAGGAGACAAAAGAUUUCUGAAGUUAGGGAAGGAUCCAGAUCUCGCAGCCUCUUCUCGCCAUUCUAAGCCCAAAAAACAGAAGCUUGAUGGAAAAGGAAGUCAUGGUCCCGGACCUGGGCCAGGUAGACCGAAGUCUAAGAACAUACAGACCAAGGUGCAGGACUUUGAAUUUGAAGUCGACCCCCAAGAUAUACCCCGCAACCCUAAAAAUGAUGCUCCCAACAGAUUCUGGGCCUCGGUGGAGCCUUACUGUGCAGACAUCACAAACGAAGAGAUCAAAGUUCUGGAAGAGCUGCUCAAACCCGCUGAUGAUGAAGCUGAAUACUACAAGAUCCCAGCCCUCGGAAAGCACUAUUCCCAACGCUGGGCUCAAGAGGACCUGUUAGAGGAGCAAAGAGAGGGGGCGAGAGCCAAUGACAAGAAAAAAAGCAUGAUGGGUCCUCUCUCUGAACUGGAUGCUAAAGAUGUAGAUGCCUUGCUGAAGAAAUCGGAGUCUCAGCAUGAACCUCCAGAGGACGGCUGUCCCUUUGGCCCUCUUACUCAGCGGCUUCUACAAGCACUUGUUGAGGAAAACAUCAUAUCCCCUAUGGAGGAUUCCCCCAUUCCAGACAUUCCAGGGAAGGAUGAUGGGGCUGGUACAUCGCCUCGUAGCCAGGGAAAAGCCUUCAGUGUGCCACACACACGCUCUCUGGAGGCUCGUAUAAGAGAGGAGCUGGUGUCUCAGGGGCUGCUGGACUCUGAUGAGAGGCAAGGUGUCGGAGGAGAGUCUGAAGAUGAGGUGCUGGCCGAGCUGCAGAAAAGACAGGCUGAACUCAAAGCGCUUACAGCUCACAACCGCUCGCGCAAGCAAGAGCUGCUCAAGUUGGCACGGGAAGAAAUGCGAAAACAGGAGCUUCGACAGCGGGUUCGAGUGGCUGAUAACGAGGUUAUGGAGGCAUUCCGUCGCAUCAUGGCAGCCAGGCAAAAGAAACGCACUCCAACGAAAAAAGAGAAAGAUCAGGCUUGGAAAGCUUUGAAAGAGAGAGAAAGUAUUCUCAAACUCUUAGAUGGAUAAAUAUGACUGGCAGCUAUAAUGUGGUGUGUUUUGUUGGUUAUGGACACUUCAUAAAGACCGCUUCAGCAUUCAGACAACUUGAAGAACAUGUAAACAAACAUUUCAUAUAAUGUUCAUAUCUUUUGGUUACUCUCUAUCUAAAGUAAGACCUGAGGUUACUAGUUGUGAUAAAAAAGGUGUUUGACACUAGUUUUCAAGAGCCACUGACUUGACACUGUUGAUGCCAGAAUGUAAGUUUACUUUUUUUUUAUGUACAGUUCCCAAAGGCAGCUGAUUAACAUAGUAGAUUGAUAUUGUUAAAGGAAUAGUUCACCAAAAAUGAAACACUUGUCAUGUCGGUCUAAA